GGCGAUACUUCCUGUUUACGUCGCAUUUGUUUACAAAUGCUUUUUGGAUAAAAUUUUACAUUUUCGGUGCAUCUGAUUUCGGAUUUUCCAUUUGGGACGUUUUUAAUGAUGAUAACUUAUUAUUGACAGACCCAUCUAAUCUUUCCAUCACAGGAAUGUAACCUGAGAUUAGAUAUAAUGAUAAUGGGGAAUUUCACAAGCUUGAAGUAUGCCUGUUUUUUAUCAUGUUUAGUUGGUUGUGUAGGAGCACUGUCAGCAAAGGGCAAUAAAGUUGACAAAAUAAAUGGUCGAAAUAUUCCACAACAAGUACACAUAGGAUUUGGCGAGACGACUAAUGAAAUGGUGGUGAUGUGGUCAACAGAACACAAUGAUUCUUCUGUUGUAGAGUACCAUACUGGUGACAACUCGGACGAAAAUGUAAAAACUGUUCGAGGAAAUACCGUGUAUUUUCCAGAAAAUGCUAAUGGAUUGCAAUUUUUUCACAGAGUUCUUCUGUCCAAAUUACAACCAGGUGUAAAAUAUUAUUAUGCAGUUCGUGGUGAAAAGCGCGAAUCAAUUAGUGAUCAGUUUAGCUUUGUAACUCCGGACUCCAAUGAAAAGCAGAUAUUCAUGAUUUAUGGUGAUAUGGGAACAAUGACAAAGAGUCUGCCAUUUAUUGUGUAUGAAGCAACUGGAGAAACAAAGUAUACAUCUAUCUUUCACUUGGGGGAUAUUGCAUAUGAUCUUGGAAGAGAAAAUGGUGCUAUUGGUGACAAAUUCUUUACAAAAGUUGAAAGGAUGGCUGCACGCAUUCCAUACAUGACUAUACCUGGUGAUCAUGAAAUGUUCCCCAAAAGCAAAAACCAGUAUUUGCAUAGAAUUUCAAAUCCAGGGAAAGAAUGGCCGAUGCGUCCAGAAGAUUUGUGGUAUAGCGUUAACAUCGGAAAAGUUCAUUUCAUUUGCAUUUCAACAGAGGUUUUUUUCACAAACAAGAUGAAUAUUCAGAAGAUCAUGGAUUGGUUGGUUCAGGAUUUAGAGGAAGCCAAUACGCAAAGACAGAAGUAUCCCUGGAUUGUGGUGAUGGCUCAUCGUCCUUUGUACUGCUCUACAGAUGACAAAAAUGAAGAUUGCACAAAGGCCCAUUCUGUUGUUCGAACUCAUUUGGAGGACAUGUUUUAUUUCUAUGGAGUUGAUCUAGUUUUCAGUGGCCACCAACAUAUGUACGAGAGAACAUGGCCUGUGUAUAAAAACAGAGUUUUAGCUUACAAUUAUCUUGAUCCAAGGGGAACUGUUCACAUUGUAAUCGGCAACAUGGGAAAUGUCUACCUGACAGAGAAGGGAAGUAAACCUGGGGGGCCUUGGUCUUCAUUCAUCUCACGCUCAGAACACGAGAUGUAUGGAAGACUCUAUGUUUACAAUAGUACCCAUAUUUACUGGGAAGUCCGAGGGGCCCAGGACAAUGAUUUGUAUGACAGUCGCUGGAUCAUACAAAGAAUUCAUGGUCCAUUCAACAAAAGUUCUAUUUUUAUUCCUGAUCCACUUGGUGCGGCAGGAGCAGCGUGGCGUAGACAACAAGAAGACUCGAGUGAUUUCAUUAAUCUCCGAUUUUUCUAUAUGAAUGGAGAUGACUAUACAAAUCGCAUCACUGUUUUAACUUUUACAGUCAUAAUUUUACUAUUUGGUUUGUGUUUCAAAAAGAAAAUAUUGAAUAUUGUACGGUUGUGUUUUGUUAAACAAGAAUCACUGCCAAAGUAAAAUGUUAAUGAAGUGGCUUAAACAUGUUGAAUAAGGAGAACUUGUUCAAGAAUAGUUUUGGAUAUAUUAUGCAAGAAACAUAGGUAUACAGAGGAUAAAUUGUUAAAGCAUCAAAUAUUUGUUAAUCGUUUAUUUCCAUUUAAGUAAGGAAAAAAUUAUCAUAUAUUUCUGGAAAAAAAAACUUAUGCAAAAGAAAAGGGUGACAUGCAUGCAAUUUUUUACAUAAAAAUAUAUUAUAUAGGUAAAUCAUGUAAGUUUUGUGCCUAUACUAUGUAUGAUGCAGGUCUGGCUCCUGGGUCAUAAAUUUAAAUGAGCUCAUUUUUAAAAGAUCAAAAGUGGGCUGGUCUAAGUUUAAUGUCCCAGGUGCCUGGUCUGAGAAAAAUGAGCAAAAAAGUUAUGUUUUAUUCACGAAAUCUGUCAAAGUUAAAAUAGAGGAUUAUGUAUACAUUGUAAAUUAAUUUCUUUAAUUCAAAGUCAUUAGUGUUUGCCAAAUGAAGAAUGCUUUAUUUUUUUUAAAAUUGUGCCUGUUUUAUUUGCAUAUCAAAUGUUGGUUGUAUGUUUAUCACGUAACAGUUCUUAUUUGUACAGUUUACAUUUCAAUUAAAUUUGUUUGUCUGUCUUUCAUGGAUUUAAAAAUGAAAUUUUAAAUCUGAUUUUUUUUAGAUUGAAUCAAAUCAUCAUUUCCUAUAAAUAUUUUCCCCAUACACAUUAUGUUAUAUCAUUUGCUGUUCAUUGAUAAUCUUAAUUUUUAAAACUGUACAUGUUUAUAGUGUGUAAAUAGUUUGAGGGAAAACUUCUGCUUUUAAUAUGUAGCAUUUCAAUAUGUAAAUUUGAUUCCAAAGCUUGUGUUAUAGGAGUAUUUUGUUUUGUAUAUUUAAUGUUAAUGUGUAUAUGUAGCUCUUGUUCACCCUGUAUAUUUCUAGAAUAUUUAUCUUUGGUGUAUGUUUGUGAGAGAGUUAUCAGUAAAGUUUCAAAAGAAAAAAUAUAUACAAUAUAUGUACAUGUAUAUUAAUUUAAAAAUGGAUGCAUAUUCAAUUAUUUGGAGUAUAUUUGAGAGAGAGAGAGAGAGAGAGAGAGAGAGAGAGGACAGCAUACAUCAGUCAGAUGAAAAGAAAAAAUGAGUGUUAUGGUGCAUCUAGUUUAAUCAAGAGUGCUUGAUAAAAUUUUUUUAAAAAUGCUUAUGAAUAAAAAUCAUAUAUGCCUGAAA